CUGCGACGUCGCUUCUUCAAACCUCAGGACUCUGAAAGCCUUUUGAGUCACCUGCAUAAUUGCAAGUAAUACCAUAAAAAGGCACGAUUUUGAAGCCCAUUUCUCGACGGGCUUCAAUCCAUAAUCCUUCAGAACGUCUCUAAGACUAGCAGUACGAGCACUUCGAGUGCGCUCAGUUUCCCCACGAAGACCCUUGACGACCGCUACACGUGCCAUGAUGGCUGCCAACCCUGGACAAACACCGCCUACUGGCGCCAACCUGGCCCAACCUGACGCCCCCGCCGGUGAUGGCGCCCCCAAACAAAAGACAGAAAAAGAGUUAGAAAAGGAGCGAAAGAAGGCCGAGAAGGCCGCCAAGCUUGAAGCAAAGAAGGCCAAGGCCGCUGCCGUCGCCACCGCCCCGACCAAAGAGAAGAAGGUCAAGGAGAAGAAGGUCGAGGAACAGAUCCCCGAAUACGUCGAAGAUACCCCCGAAGGCGAAAAGAAGAGAAUUCGAUCGUUUGAAGACCCCAACUUCAAGGCAUACGACCCCAUUGCCGUCGAGUCGGCAUGGUACAGCUGGUGGGAGAAGUCUGGCUUCUUCAAGCCCCAGUUCAAGGAGGAUGGAAGCAUCCGUGACGAGGGCAAGUUUGUCAUUGUCCAUCCUCCCCCCAACGUCACUGGUGCUCUGCACAUGGGUCACGCUCUCGGUGACUCUCUGCAGGAUCUCAUGAUCCGAUGGAGCCGUAUGCAGGGCAAGACCACCCUUUGGGUUCCCGGCUGCGACCACGCUGGUAUUUCUACACAGUCUGUCGUCGAGAACAUGCUUUGGCGACGCAACCAGCAGACCAGACACGAUCUCGGCCGUGAAAAGUUUGUCGAGACUGUCUGGGAAUGGAAGGAGGACUACCACAAGCGCAUCAACAACGCUCUGCGCAAGCUUGGUGGCUCGUUUGACUGGAGCCGCGAGGCCUUUACCAUGGAUGAAACCAGAAGUGCUGCUGUCGUUGAAAACUUUGUCAAGCUGCACGAAGAUGGCAUUAUCUACAGAGCCAACAGACUCGUUAACUGGUGCACCAAGCUCAACACUGCUCUUUCCAACCUCGAAGUCGACAACAAGGAGCUGACCGGAAGAACUCUGCUCUCCGUUCCUGGCUACGACAAGAAGGUUGAAUUCGGUGUCAUUAUUCACUUCAAGUAUGCCAUCGAAGGCACCGACGAGAUGCUGGAGGUCGCCACCACACGUAUUGAGACCAUGCUUGGUGAUACUGGUAUUGCUGUCCACCCUAAGGAUGAGCGCUACAAGCACCUUGUUGGCAAGAACGCCAUCCACCCCUUCAUUGAGGGACGCAAGAUGCCCAUUGUUGCUGACGAGUACGUUGAGAUGGAUUUCGGUACUGGUGCCGUCAAGCUUACCCCUGCCCACGACCCCAACGAUUUCAACCUCGGCCAGAAGCACAAUCUUGAGUUUAUCAACAUUUUCACCGACGAUGGUCUGUUGAACGAGAAUGCUGGCGCCUACAAGGGCCAGAAGCGCUUUGAUGUCCGUUACACCAUCCAGGACGACCUCAAGGCCAAGGGCCUGUACGUUGACAAGAAGGACAACGCCAUGAAGGUCCCUCUGUGCGAAAAGUCCAAGGAUGUCAUCGAGCCUAUUCUGAAGCCUCAGUGGUGGGUCCGCACCAAGGACCUUGCUGAGCCUGCCAUUGCCGCCGUCAAGAAUGGCGAUAUCAAGAUCAAGCCCGAAUCUGCCGAGAGAAGCUACUACCGCUGGAUGGAGGGCAUCCAGGAUUGGUGCAUUAGCAGACAGCUUUGGUGGGGUCACCGCUGCCCUGUCUACUUUGCCAACAUUGAAGGCGGCGCUGGUGACAUCCCUGAGGAUAAGCUAUGGUUCUCUGGCCGCACCAAGGAAGACGCUGAGGCCAAGGCCAAGGCUGCUCUCCCAGGCAAGACCUUUACCCUCGAGCAGGACGAGGAUGUUCUGGACACGUGGUUCUCUUCCGGCCUCUGGCCCUUCAGCACUCUGGGCUGGCCUAACAAGACUGCUGAUCUCGACAAGCUCUUCCCUACCUCCAUCCUCGAGACUGGUUGGGAUAUUCUCUUCUUCUGGAUUGCCAGAAUGGUCAUGCUUAGUCUGAGACUGACCGACAAGGUCCCAUUCACCGAGGUCUACUGCCACAGUCUUGUCAGAGACUCCGAAGGUCGCAAGAUGAGUAAGAGUCUUGGUAACGUCGUUGAUCCUCUCGACGUUAUUUCCGGUACUGAGCUCCAGAAGCUCCAUGACAAGCUCCUCCAGGGCAACUUGCAUCCUGAUGAGGUUGCCAAGGCCACCAAGUACCAAAAGACAGCCUUCCCUGAUGGUAUUCCUCAGUGCGGUACCGACGCUCUGCGAUUUACUAUGAUCAACGCUGCUGUUGGUGGUGAUAUUAACCUUGAUGUCAAGAUCAUCCACGGAUACCGCAAGUUCUGCAACAAGAUCUUCCAGGCUACGAAAUAUGUCCUCGGCAGUCUGCCCGCUGACUUUGUUCCCUCCAAGAACGGCAGCGUUCAAGGCAAGACCCUUGCUGAGAGAUGGAUUCUUCACAAGAUGAACCAGGCAGCUCGUGAUAUUAACGAGGCCCUGGCUGAGCGCGAGUUUUCCAAGGCCACUAACAUUGUUUACAAGUACUGGUACAACGAGCUUUGCGACGUUUACAUUGAGAACUCCAAGGCCAUUAUCCGCGAUGGCACCGAGGAGGAGCGCCAGUCUGCCAUCCAGACUCUCUACACUGCUCUUGAGGCUGCCCUGACCAUGAUCCACCCCUUCAUGCCCUUUAUCACCGAGGAAAUGUGGCAGCGCAUGCCCAGACGCCCCGAGGACAAGACUGAAUCCAUCAUGUUGGCCAAAUACCCUACUUACACUGCUACUCUGGACGACCCCGCCUCUGCUGCUGCCUAUGAGCUUGUCAUGGACUGCAGCAAGGGCGCCCGAUCCCUGACCUCUGAAUACGCAAUCAAGGAAAACGCCGAAGUUAUCAUCCAGGCUUACGACAGCACGACUCUCGCCACCUGCACCGAGCAGAUUGCCUCCAUCACCUCUCUUGCUGGCAAGACUGUCAGCAAGAUCCAGGUUAUUGGUGCUGAUGCCACUCGCCCUUCGGGAUCUGUUGCGUACCCCGUCUCGACCGUCGCCUCUGUCUUCUUGCACGUCAAGGGCCGCGUCGACAUGGAUGCCGAGAUUGCCAAGGCUCAAAAGAAGCUUCAGAAGGCCCAGGCUACCAUUCAGAAGCAGGAGAAGAUUCUUGGCGAUGCCACAUACAAGGACAGAGCCUCCGAGGCCGUCCGUGAGGCUGACGAGAAGAAGCUUGCUGAGGCUCACCAAGAAGUCCGCAACUUUGAGGAGACUAUCAAGCAGUUUGAGCAGAUCAAGCUUGAGUAAGAUGGAAAACGAAAAAGAAAAGAAAAGUAAUGAGAAAUUAUGCAGGGUUCCACUAAAGGAUAUUCCCAUUUAUAUAUUUAAAAUACAACUCGUUCAGGUU